AUGGUGAGUGACUGGUGGGCCCCACCUCAGUCAAAUCUGCCACCCACCAGUCAACUCAGCCUCCUGCCAUCUCUCUCCUUCUCUCCCUCCCCUGUUACUCGCGCGACCAGCCCUCCUCCCUCAUUCACCGAGCCAUCAUCUUCCUCCUUUGUCCGUGGUUUCUGUGCGACAACCACCCCCAACCUCCGCCCGCCAUUGCUCGCCGCCACCGCCACCGCCACCGUCCCGACUGCCGUGGACCGCCGGACAGCCCCUGAAGACUCGGACGCCGGACUGCCCUGUUUCGGGUCCAGUGAGCUUGUGAGCUGCACAGCCGCCUCACGCCGUGUCGGACCGCCACCAGCCGCCGUGCCGUCGUCGUCCGCCCUCCCUACAGCCCUCUCAACCUUGUCCCGGCCGCCGUUCACCGUCGCAAGGCCCAGAACAGCCGCCCGAAGCCCCGGCGACCUCCCUGCCCUGUUUCGCGUCGGGCCACUGUUCAGCCGUCCCCCGCCGCGAUUCAGCCGCACCCACCGGCCGCCGACCACGGCAAACCGUCGCCCUCAACCUCCCAUCGACCCUUGA